GCACUAACGAUUUAGGCUGGUUCAAUUUGUAACUAAGCUUUUGGUCCAGGCAGCGCAGUUUAAGUAAAUUUUACCAUAAAAAUAACAGCUAUCCAAGUUAACUCGUUGACUGUAUUGUGCCGCUAGCCUUUGAAAAGGUCUAGCAUAGCGAACCAACGUUAGCCGGUGAAAUUCGGCUGCCUGCCUGCCAGGCUAACGUUAGGUAAUCAGCGAAAAUAAUACUUUUAUGACGGUGUCCAAACCCCAGCCACCCCCAGGGGUUAAUCAGUCGUUCAUGUAUUCCCCUAAGUAAGUUAGACAACUUAAUUGCGUAAUAAAUGCAAGGUUUCGUUUCCUAAACAAACAUAACUUAGCUAGCUGACAUAGCUAAGAAAAAUUGCAGGCCUGGUAGUGCUAGAUUAACCUUCACUGUAAAGUGGCGUGUUAAGAACGGGCAUUUUUUUUGUUGUGACCUCGGGGCGCGAUGGUUUGCUGCAGUAUUGGCUUUAUUAUGUUUACGCAGGUGGGUAUCUACCCCUUUAGGUAAAUGUAGCGAGUAAACUUUUACUUUGUCAACUCAACGGGUAGUCUAGGUUAAGUGAAAGAAAGCCGUAGCUAGUGAUGGCAGGGACGUCGGUAAUGCGCGUUUACACUGCCGCGGUGACAGGCGAAGUCACAAACAAGGGUGAACAUGACGACAAAACUAUAAGAAAAAAACUAUAAGAAAAAACCGUAAAGGAAAGUGAAUUCAAAAAAUAAAAUAAUAAAAAAUUAAUAAAUGAAUAAACUCUUGCUGCACUAAAAUGACUGACUCUUUGGUGCAUUCACCCAUGGAUUGACAUUGGAUGAACCUAUCUACACAAACGUGGGGAUUACAACACAAUUGCUCUAGUGUAUUUGCUUCCAGCUUUGCAAUAUUGACUCAUUAAUUGAGCGACAAGGAAUACACUGCCCUUGGGCCCCUGAGAAACAAGACAACAGACUUGUGGAUAAUAUAUAUAUAUAUUUUUUUGCCUCUGACAAGGGAAGACUAAGGGGGCAGCUUGCAAAUUUUCUAAUUUUCUUUGAACUUUGGAUAUAAUAUUUUCUGUCCACCACCCCCUCCUCCUCCUCCUGCACCACUGCUUGGACUGGGAAGUUAAUAUCAGUUUAUUUCGGAACAGUCAUGAGCACGGCGAGAACGGAGAACCCGGUUAUCCUGGGAUUAGCCAAUCAGAAUGGCCAGAUUCGGGGGCCUUUGAAACCUGCGACGGCCCCCCCUGGGGGGGUGGGGGGCAGUCCCCAGCCUCAGCAGACCGGCCAGCUGAACGCCUCCAGCACAAUCAACAAUGGCGGAUCCCAACCCCUCCCCAUGGCCAACACCAUCAAGGUUGGCGAUGACUGGAAGAAGAAUUUAAAGCUUCCGCCGAAGGACAUGCGGAUGAGGACUUCGGAUGUGACCGCGACCAAGGGCAACGAGUUCGAGGACUACUGCCUGAAGAGGGAGCUGCUGAUGGGGAUCUUCGAGAUGGGCUGGGAGAAGCCGUCCCCCAUCCAGGAGGAGAGUAUCCCCAUUGCUUUGUCUGGAAGGGACAUUUUGGCCAGGGCCAAGAAUGGGACUGGCAAGAGUGGUGCCUACCUCAUCCCCUUACUUGAACGAAUUGACCUGAAGAAGGACUGCAUACAAGCUGUGGGCAUUGUGCCCACCAGAGAACUGGCUCUGCAGGUGAGCCAGAUCUGCAUCCAGGUCAGCAGACACAUGGGCGGGGUCAAAGUCAUGGCAACCACGGGGGGGACCAACCUCCGUGAUGACAUCAUGAGGCUGGACGAGACGGUGCACGUCAUCAUCGCCACUCCUGGAAGGAUUCUGGACCUCAUCAAAAAGGGCGUGGCCAAAGUUGAUAAAGUGCAGAUGAUUGUACUAGAUGAGGCCGAUAAGCUCCUGUCCCAGGACUUCCUGCAGAUGAUGGAGGAGAUGCUGAGCUUCCUGCCCAAACAGAGGCAGAUCCUGCUCUACUCGGCCACCUUCCCCCUCAGCGUGCAGAAGUUCAUGAAUGCGCACCUGCAGAAGCCCUAUGAGAUCAACCUGAUGGAGGAGCUCACGCUGAAGGGUGUGACCCAGUAUUACGCCUACGUGACUGAGAGACAGAAGGUCCACUGCCUUAACACGCUCUUCUCCAGGCUCCAGAUUAAUCAGUCCAUAAUCUUCUGCAACUCUUCCCAACGCGUGGAGCUGCUGGCCAAGAAGAUCUCCCAGCUGGGCUACUCCUGCUUCUACAUCCACGCCAAGAUGAGACAGGAGCAUCGUAACCGAGUGUUCCAUGACUUCAGAAACGGUCUGUGCCGAAAUCUGGUCUGCACUGAUCUCUUCACCAGAGGAAUCGAUAUCCAAGCUGUGAAUGUGGUGAUCAACUUUGACUUCCCCAAACUGGGAGAGACGUACCUGCACCGUAUCGGACGAUCUGGGCGUUUCGGGCACCUGGGCCUGGCCAUCAACCUGAUCACCUACGAGGACCGCUUCAACCUGAAGGGCAUCGAGGAGCAGCUGGGCACCGAGAUCAAGCCCAUCCCCGGCAGCAUCGACAAGAGCCUGUACGUGGCAGAGUACCACAGCGAGAACGCCGAAGAGGGCAAGCUGUGAGCGCCAGGUUCUCACAGCAGAUUCGUCCCCGCUCCCUCCCUCCCUCCCUCCCUUCUUCCCUCCCAUUUUCCCCUCCCCCCUCUCUUUCUUGUGGAAGAUUUAUAUUUUUUUAAGCUAUUCUUUCAGCCCGUCUUCCUCCCCAUUUUUUAGGAACUUUUUUUGGUGCCGCCAAAAAAGAACUCGCGCGCCCCUCUGUGAUCGCCCGCACACGUGCAAGACUGGGGAGGGGCCUGCGGUCACGUGACCCGCUCGCCGGCCGCCGUGCGGCUCUUCCUGUGAACGCUUAUAAAAGGCACACUUCAGAAGAGAAGCGCCGGGGGAAUCGCGCUCUGUCCAUCCGUGGAGGAGGAGAAGAAAAAAAAAAA